AUGAAGGUCGUAUUUGUGGAUAUAGUGCGGAAGUUGAAAUUCGGUUGGGACGGCUUUUGGUUCGACUUGAAGUCCUUCCUUCUCAACGCCAGUCGCUACCACUAUCGAGAUUUGAUGAUGAUCGGUGCAGGAUUCUUACCCGCAAAAUAUGUUCAACUUUGGAAAUUCGGCUGUAUGUUGCUGUAUCGUUCCUUGGGAUACUAUCAACUCGCGAUGGCCAUAGCAAAAACCGGGUUCGGCAUUCUGGAUGGAGCUGGUUUAUUGGAUAUACUGGCGUCCUCCUUGGUGUCUUUUUUCAUGUUGGCAGUGCAGUUUAAAGUAUUCAUGCAUGAACACUAUCGUGAAGGCAUGCGAAAGAUUCAAAACUUCUUCGACGGCCAUUACGGGAAUUCGGGGGAUUACGAUUUUGAUGUCCGUAUGCGUCAGAAGGCGAAUGGCAUCACAAAAAGAACCUUCCUGGCCAUGCUGCUGCUCAUCUAUUGCGAUCAAUUGCUGAUUUGGAUUCCAAACUCUGCUCAAGCACGUAUGUUCGGCAUUCCUGAACGGUUCAGCGUUCUUGGAUUUCAAAUGUCGAGGAUACUUCAGGGAAUGUAUUUGUGUUCGUUGGUGAGUUUUUGGGGUAGCAGAUAUUUUUGCUGUUCGUCCAUGACCCUGCCGUUGCUCCUUGAUGUACAAACUGAACUUGCGAUUGUCGCCCAUGGAUUUGAAAUGCUCAGGGCAAAUGCUCUGAAUAGCUGCGAGUCACACGAAAUGCGGUGGAAAUACCUUGAAUAUAUGCUGAAGACUACGGUCAAGCAACAUCUGCGAGUGUUGAGACACGUGGACCUGAUGCUGCCGGUUGUGAACAACGUCUACGCAACGGUCUACUACAGUAACAUGGGAAUGGUUGCGUUGGCUGUAUUCCUGGCCAUUCGAAGUGGAAUGACUUUUAUGUCUUUUUGUUUGAUCAUCACGGCUGUUGGAUUCAUGAUAGAAUGCUACUCAUGGUGCUUUCUGAUCGGUUUGAUUCAAGAAACUAUGUUGCAGAUAUCCUCAUUGACAGCUCAGUUGGCUUAUCUACCACAGCAUUCAGCGGAACAUCAUUCGCAAUAUGUUCAAUGGCGAACAUCUCUGAUGAUAAUUCAACUUAAUGCAUCACAAAUCGAUUGGUUCCAGUGCGGACAUCUUUUCUACAUCUCUACCGAAUCAUUUGGUGAAUUGUGUAUGAUUGUGUACCGUUUUGCUACCUUUCUUUUGAAAUUUGCUUGAACAGAACUAAUUUUUUGUAAACAAUA